GUGAGUCAGUGUCCGCGGACCCGGCCGGCCAAGGCCCGCGCCCGCCCCGGCCUCGAGAGGCCCCAAGAGGCCCUGGCCCGGGGGCGGCGGCGGCGGCCAUGGCCGGUGGGCCGGGCCCGGGGGACCCCGCGGCCCCCGGCGCCCAGCACUUCUUGUACGAGGUGCCGCCCUGGGUCAUGUGCCGCUUCUACAAAGUGAUGGACGCCCUGGAGCCCGCCGACUGGUGCCAGUUCGCCGCCCUGAUCGUGCGCGACCAGACCGAGCUACGGCUGUGCGAGCGCUCCGGACAGCGCACGGCCAGCGUCCUGUGGCCCUGGAUCAACCGCAACGCCCGCGUGGCCGACCUCGUGAGCAUCCUCACGCACCUGCAGUUGCUCCGCGCUCGGGACAUCAUCACGGCCUGGCACCCUCCCGCCCCUCUUCUGCCCCCCAGCACCAGCAGCCCGAGGCCCAGCAGCCCCCCUGCACCCUGUGAGGCUGAGGUCCCCCGCCCCCGGAAGUCGCAGACGUCAGCCUCCACACUCCCCUCCCCAGCUUUUCCAGGCUCCCAGACCCAUUCCGGGGCUGAGCUCAGUCCUGUCCCAAGCCCUGCUGCCCUACAGCCACCACCAUAUCCAGCCCCUUCCUCUACCAAGCCUAACCCAGAGAGCCCAGUGUCCCUUCUGCAGGGAGCCCAGCCCUCUCCAUUCUGCUGGCCCCUCAGCGAGAUCUCCCAGGGCACCCACAACUUCUCAGAAGAGCUGAAGAUCGGGGAGGGUGGCUUCGGGUGUGUGUACCGGGCGGUGAUGAGGAACACGCUGUACGCUGUGAAGAGGCUGAAGGAGGGGGCCGACCUGGAGUGGACCACAGUGAAGCAGAGCUUCCUGACCGAAGUGGGGCAACUGUCACGGUUUCGUCACCCAAACAUCGUGGACUUCGCUGGCUACUGUGCUCAGAGUGGCUUCUACUGCCUCGUCUAUGGCUUCCUGCCCAAUGGCUCCCUGGAAGACCGCCUCCACUCCCAGAGCCAGGCCUGCCCCCCUCUCUCCUGGCCUCAGCGACUGAACAUCCUUCUGGGCACAGCACGGGCGAUUCAGUUUUUGCACCAGGACAGCCCCAGCCUCAUCCAUGGAGACGUCAAAAGUUCCAACGUCCUUCUGGAUGAGAGACUGAUGCCCAAACUGGGAGACUUUGGCCUGGCCCGUCUCAGCCGGUUUGCAGGGGCCAGUCCCGGCCAGAGCAGCACGGUGGCCCGGACGCGGACCGUGCGUGGCACCCUGGCCUACCUGCCUGAGGAGUACGUCAAGACAGGGAGGCUGGCCGUGGACACGGAUACCUUCAGCUUCGGCGUGGUAGUGCUGGAGACCCUGGCCGGCCAGAGGGCCGUGAGGAUGCAUGGUACCGGGACCAAGUAUCUGAAAGACCUCGUUGAAGAAGAGGCUGAGGAGGCCGGGGUGGCUUUGAAAAGCACCCAGACCACACUCCAAGCAGGUCUGGCCACAGAUGCCUGGGCUGCCCCAAUUGCCACCCAGAUCUGUAAGAAGCACCUGGACCCCAGGCCUGGGCCAUGCCCACCUGAGCUGGGCCUGGCCCUGGGCCAGCUGGCUUGCUGCUGCCUGCACCGCCGGGCCAAGAGGAGACCCCCCAUGACCCAGGUGUAUGAGAGUCUGGAGAAGCUGCAGGCGGCCGUGGCAGGACCAGCCCUGCAGCCAGAGGCUGCCAGCCGAGGCCCCUCUUCCCCACAGGAAAACUCCUACAUUUCCCUCACUGGCAGUGCCCCCCGUGGUGCCAGCUCACUGCAGCCCCUGGCGGUUCCCUCAGGAGCACCAGCCCAGGCUCCAGAGUGGCUCCAGAAAGGCCCCAACCAGCCCGUGGAGAGUGACGAGAGUGUGUCCGGGCUGUCUGCUGCCCUGCAUUCCUGGCACCUGAGCCCGAGCUGCCCCCCAGGCCUGGCCUGGCCAGGCAGCCCCGGGCAGGGGGCCACCGUGUGGGCCCCAGCAGCCCUUGGGCAGGCCGGCUGUACUCAAGGGGGCGCCACCCAAGAGUCGAGCUGGGGGAGUGGCCCGGGGCCCCAGCUGACAGCUAUGGAAGGAUCGCUUGUGAGCAGCUCCGCCUCAUCGCGGCCGCCGCGGAUCGUCAUCAACCCGGCCCGACAGAAGAUGGUGCAGAAGCUGGCCUUGUAUGAGGAUGGGGUCCUGGACAGCCUGCAGCUGCUGUCAUCAAGCUCCCUCCCAGGCUUCGCUGUGGAACACCAGAACAGGCAGGGGCCCGAAGAGAGUGAUGAAUUUCAGAGCUGAUCUGUUCACCUGGCAUAUUCCCCAAACCUGGAAGUCAAAGUUCUCAUAGUCGGAAGUUCUCAUGGCUCUCGAAUCCUCAGCAGCCUGUGGGCGGUGGGGGAUGGGGGCCUCCUCCGCACAGGGGAGAGCAGGUGGUGGCCCCAGCUGCUCUAGGGGUAUGGGCACAGGCCGGGCUCUGAGCGCCCCCGGCCAGCUGCUAGAAGCUGUCUCAAAGGCCUGCCUUCGUUCCAGCAUUUGGGGGACAGGAAAGCUGUUAUUGUCGGGGAGGAGAGGUGAGCGGGGUGGCCGGUCCAGUCGGAUGGAGCAGGGAGCUGGCUCCCCUAAGACCUGGGCAGGGCAGCCCUUAGGUCUUCUCUUUGGACUUGGCUGAAGCCCCAGGGAAAAGAGGCCGCUCUGUAGAACAGAGCGUAUGAGGCCUGGGGCCCUCCCAGCCUCUUGUAACUUGAAAAAGUAAGGUGUGGCUGUUCUGUGGUUCAGUUCACGCACGAGACACCCCAGAGAGCCCGGCAGUGCCCUCUCAUCAGGCCCGUGUCUGCAGGCUGCACCAGGGACCCGGGAGCGAAGCCUAACGUGAGGGCCUGCUGGCCAGGCCACCCCUGGGUGUGCCCUCCGACAGGUGCCAAGCCAGGUCAGGCUCCAGAGGCCACUGGCUUGGUCUCACUCAGGGCCAGGCACUGACAGUGACAGAGGGGCCACUACCCAAGGCUGGGCUAGGCCCAAACCUUGUGUUACCCAGACAGCGAGAAGCCCCAGGAAGGUGGGGAGUUGGAAGCAAGGCAAAGAGGGAGGAAGAAGAAAAUCGGACUCACAUUUUUAAAAGCAAGUCAGGUUUCAUGUAAUUGUCCUGGAAAGUAGCACAGGCUUACGAUGAUGUAUCUGCGACCAUGAGUCACACUACAUGCCCCAUGAAGCUAGGCGUUGCUGAAGUCCAAGUUGUCCAGGAGGAAUAAAAGCUUACGUCUCAA